CUGUCAUAGUCUUCUGUUUUAGUGAAUAUGUAGCCACUAGUGGGCCCGGUGCGGUGCAGCCAUACUAUCCGGCUCAGCCUCGCUCUGUGUGGGAAGUGAGCGGGCAUUCAGAGAGGAUGCUGAGGCCUGCCAGUCCCACAACACAUCCAUUAUUAACCCAAUGCUGCUAGGCUGAUGGCUGCACCUAUUGCACAUUUCGACGACGACUGGCCGAUUUUGGGUGAUUUGAGCAUGGUUUCGGACCAAAGGCUGCACCCGCAGAAAGGCCGCGUAGCCGCCGCCGCAGGGGAAGCGGCAGCUCCGCAGUUCCUCACAGAUGAUGAUGAUGAUGACAUCCCCGAGCUGCACAGCAGCAGCUUCUCCCCGGGGGAAACCGGUGCUUUCAGGUCCAUGGAGGACCUGGUGAACGAUUUUGACGAGAAGCUAUCCGCGUGCUUCCGAAAUUUUAAAUCCAAGACGGAUAGCAUCGCUCCUGUGAACGCGAUCGCCGAGGACUCCCUGCUGGAGAAAGACGGGAUCUGGAAUGCUUUGACCAGUAACUAUGGGCGCGUGAUGCCAGUGGACUGGAGACAGUCUCGAACAUGCUCCCUCCACAUCUCCACGUUCUACCUGGAGGAGAAACCCAGGAAGACUGAUGUCACGGUGGAGCUGUCGGAUGAUGAAGAGCUGAGGGAGCAGCUGGACAUGCACUCCAUCAUUGUCUCCUGUCUCGCAGAGGAGCCGCUUUUCACAGCAGAGCAGGUUAUCGAGGAGAUAGAGGAGAUGAUGCAGGACUCUCCUGACAGGGAGCACAAUCCCUCUCAGUCGGACCGCUCCAUGCUCUCAAUGGAUGUCCGGCGGUCCGUCAGCAGCCCCAGCUACGAGAAGAGGGUGAGGACCCUGACUGUCGCAGAGCUGAAUGAACGUCUGGAGGAGGCGGAGACGAACAUCAGGGGGUUCUCAGAGGAGCUGGUGCAGCAGCUGGCUCUCAGGGAUGAGCUGGACUUUGAGAAAGAGGUGAAGAACAGCUUCAUCUCCACGCUCAUCGACGUACAAAACCAACAGAAGGAGCACCGGGAGCUGCUGAAGAAGAAGAAGAAGCUGAAAGGCGGAGCUGGGACGUCGCAGGGCCACACGGAGAAGGCAGGUGGAUCUCGCUUCAGCAUGGAGGGAAUCUCCUCUGUCAUUCAGCACAGCUUCCGGCAAACUUUUGGGAGCGGGUGCAGUGAAAGACAGUAUUUGACCACAGUUAUCCCUUACGAGAAAAAAGGACACCCUCCUUCUCUUGAGGACCUCCAGAUCCUGACUAAGAUUCUACAAGCUAUGAGAGACGACAGUGACAAGGUGCCCAGUCUCUUAACAGACUAUAUUCUCAAAGUGCUUUGCCCAACGUAGACCAGAGGGACAGUGCCUAACACUCUGCAGAGGCUUCAGAAAGUUUACCAUGGCAACGAGAUCAAAAGGGCACACAGGAUUUUUGCAGACAUGAAGCACACUUAAUUUAUUCCUGCAUGUAUUUACCUCAAGGUGUGUCUUUUUAUGUGUUCUUUUCUUGAUUUAGUUGCAUUUAUUUUGUGUUGAACAUUGUGGUUUUGCAAACCUUUUGUGUUCCUGUGAAUUUUCAAUAUGAAUAUUUUUAUUUAAGAAUUAUCCCCAUAUAGAUAUACCAGCAUAUGAGCUGCACUAUUUGGAAACUUUGUUGGUUACAAAUAGGACCACGAGCAGGACUACAUUGCAAAGGGCUUUUAUAUUUAUGUGAAGUGCUUAACUAUCCACUGAGCAAUCAGCAAAUGUAGAAAAAAACAUACAAGCUGCAGUAAAAAAGAAAUAUAGAAAGAGUUUCAUAAACAGUACUAUAAGAUAAAAAAUAUUUUAUUGAUCCCCAGGAGGAAAUCCGUAAAUAUUAUAGCAGCACAAGAGACAGACCUGAGAGGUACAGGGUACAGGUAGAUAGAGGAAAAUAUAUAAUAAAUAAACAAGUUAGCUACCAUGUGUGCAUCACAGCCUUCAAUGUAGCAGCAGACAAAGUGUGCGUUUCAGUACCACAAACAUCAUCAUUAUUAUUCAAUUGAAUAUACUGUGUUGAUGGUCAAGGUCUGAACUGAAAUUACCUAAAUAACUAACUAUGCAUUUCAGUGAAAAGUGAAUUGUGACCCGUGCACUGCCUGUACCUUUGUGACGCUGACUGGAACCCUGAAUCAGAGACACAUGCGUUAACUUUCCGGCCGUGCACAGGGCAGCGUCCACCACGAAUGGGCAUUGUUAUUCUGUAUGCAUUCAUUUAUAUGAACAAGCUGCCUUUGCCUUUGCCUGAACUUUUUGUACAUUAUAAAUUACUUAUUUUCAAUGAAUGUCAAAUUGCUGGAUUACUUGCAGGACCUGCUUCACUGUUCAUUGAUUUUGUAAAUAUUUUAUUUCAAAUAUAUUGAUAAACUAUUA